AUGCCACCAUCUCUGACACCGGCCUUGACUCUCAAGAUCUACCAGAGCAGAGAGAAUGUGCUCGCUUUCAACUCUACCAAAGGCUUAGCACCACGAUACAUUGCUCCUCUGGUGGAAGGCCACCUUCAGCCCCACAGCUCCUCUACCUCUCCCUCGUUCAACGCAGCUCUCGUACCAGGCGGCUCUGACUGGCUUCGCGUCGACCCAAGCACAGGUACUGGGCAUCUUGAUGCCCGUCUUCACUUCCGCAGCAAGACUGAUCCGUCCUACGUCUUCUUUGUUCGCUUCGAAGGCAUCGUCAGGAUGGACGAAGCGAUACAGAAGAUCUGGGAAUGGAGCCCGGAGGCAAAGACGACAGAAUUUGGGGAAGGCAGGAACUUUGUCAGUCCUGUGAUUGAAUGCAGUGCCGAGGAGAAUAAGUGGAUGGAGACGACGGUCUUUGUGGGGUGGGGAAGGUAUGUUGUGGAGGGACAGGGCGAUGAGAGGAGGCAAGCUGUCGAGUAUGAGAUCUUUGCAGUUGGCACAGCGUGA